AUGAGCUCAUUUUCUUAUCAUGGUGAUCAGAAUUUCCCUGCUGCUCCAACGUUUUUGCAAGUUAUGCAAUUUGCGGGGCAGCAUCCUGGUGGCCUUGGAGUUCCUGCUGUUGACAUGGCAUUCCCUGGCUAUGUUACUCACCCCAAUGGAAUGGGGAAUUCAGAAAUGACAUGGCUACCUGUUUUGGCUGGUGCUGCUGGGGCUUUAGGUGCUGCAGGAGCUUUAGGGGCAACAUAUUAUUCACCUUAUAUCACAAUGGAUGGUGCUUAUCAUGCUAGGCCAUCUGGCCAGACCUCUGCAUUGACUCCUACAAGUGCAUUAAGAGGUAGAGUGUAUCUUCCUCAAGAUGAGCUAGCCCAAUAUGGGCUAUGUGAUGACGAUUUUACUCAAGAAGAGUGA